AUGGUGCAGAGGGAGCAGUUACACACGUCCGCAGACCCCAGCUCCUCGCCGCCGCGGUCACAACCCGGCUCCUCCAUCCCGGCCUUCGCGGUCCCACCCCCGGGCCCCCGGCUCCUCCGCCCCCGGGAGGCCGGACUCUGCCCCCGGCCCGCCUUCCCCCGCCCUCCCGGGGGCGGUGGCCCGUGGCGGGCGCGCUCAUUGGCGGCGGCGCGCGCGAGGGCCGGGACCCGCAGCGCUGAUUGGCUAGCGUGGCUCGGCGGCGUCCAAGAGCCCGGCGAGUCGCUGGGGGAAGCGGGGCAGAGACCGGGCGCCGCCGGAGCGCAGGGCGCGGAUCGCUCAAGUCGGAGCCCGGCGGAUCGGAGUCCGCACGUUGGAGCAGAGGCCUGGAGUGGAAGCGACAGUUUUUCCUCGCAGGCAGCCCGAGUUCUACUGGCGAUAGCAUCUGCCAGGCUCGACAUCAGGUCUGGAACCCUUCUGUCCCCAGCCAGCGAGCAUGUCCUGCCUGCUGGGCAUUUGCAGGACGCGCCCGAUGCGGGCCCUGCGCCACGGCCUUGA